CCUUGUUUUCCGUGGAAAGUUUGCGUGUUGAUUAAUGUUCAAUUGCACUCCCUGCAGCCGAUUAUUCUGAAACGCUAUGCGGACGUUCCUCCUUCUUUUGGCAGCCACUUUUAUAAAUGCCGAAAAUUCUUCAACGUCCAUUGCGUUUGUAGAACGACAAAUCAAUUUGGAAAUAAACGAAACCAAAAAACUAAGUGUAACGGUAACUAAUUUGAACAAUUCUGGAGUUUUGCUAUCAUUUGAUGUUCUGCAAGAGGAUCUAGUAUACGUUUACCCUCGCAAAAUACUCUUGGAAGCCGGAAACAAAACCUACCAUUUUACUAUUGAAGGUAUUUCGCCCGGGCAUUCCGAUAUUUUGGCAAUAACAAAUGAUAGUAGCAUAACUAUCCCGCAAGAACACUUUUCCGUCAACGUAUACAAAAAAAAGAUCCUCGACAUCGUAUCUCAAAUAAUCGGCUGGAUUUUUAUCAUUUCGUGGGGCAGUUCGUUCUAUCCUCAACUGUACUCCAAUUACGAGAGGAAAUGUGUGAUAGGCUUAAACUUCGACUAUCUGGCCCUCAACAUCGUCGGUUACAUUUCAUUUGCUGCUUUCAUUUUAAAUUUAUAUUUCAAUCUUGAAAUUCAGGACGAAUACUAUGAACGCUAUCCGAGAGGGCAGAUUCCUGUUAAGCUGAACGAUGUUGUUUAUAUUUUGCAUGGGACGCUGGCCAUCUUUGUGACGAUCGGCCAGUGCUGUGUGUUCGAGAGGGGCCAUCAGAAAGUAUCCACCACUGCAAAGAGCUUAGUAACGCUCAUUGUUUCUUUUUACAUCACAUGCGUCGCGUUGGAAAGGUUAAAAUUUCUGAAAUGGUUGGAUUUCUUAUAUUACUGCUCAUAUGUAAAAUUGGCGAUUACGUUACUCAAAUACAUUCCACAGGCAUACAUGAACUACAAACGGAAAAGUACUAGUGGAUGGAGCAUUGCACUUGUUUUUCUUGAUUUGAAUGGUGGAUUAUUUAGCAUACUGCAAAUGAUGCUGGAUUGUUACAAUUACGACGACUGGGUUUCAAUUUUUGGAAAUCCAACAAAAUUCGGAUUAGGAAUCUUAAAUGCCUUGUUCCACUCUUUCUUUAUCAUUCAACAUUUUGUUUUUUAUAAGGAUUCUGCCUAUACGAUGAUAUAAUUCAAAUGUCCCUACUAAUCAGAGCAAAUGCAAUAACAGCAACAGAAAACGAUAUUUUGUUUUACUUUAUCUAUAUCACAAGUAUAAUUAUUGUAGACAUUUUCCAAUUGUAAUAGAAUUAAGUUUUCCGAUUUA